UUAAAUAUUCGUAUUUAAAUAUAUUGUUGAAAAUAAUUUUCAACUAAUUCUAAAUUAUAUUUUAAAAUGUUAAUAUCCAGAUGUGGACUUCGAAUAUUAAGUAAGUUGGGAUAUCAUACUAAAAGUUUAGUUGAAGGAUCAAAAUACUCUACUUCAUUAAAACUGUGUGUACCAGUAACUAGUGCAAAUCGUUAUUAUUGUAUUAAACCAAAAGAUCCUUCCGAUACAUUAAAUCAUGAACCAAGUACACCAAAACCAUUUGAUGAUAUAGAUUAUGAUUCAAUUACUGGAGGUGAUGAAGAAACAUUGUCAAAAUUAAAGCGUCUAAUCUUAGAGAUUGAUUUACUGUAUGAGAGUGGAGAACAAAUACCAAGCCGCCUCAGAGUAGAUCAAUGGCAAAGCUUACUACAAUUAAGUAGCAGGUCAUCACGAAUGAAACACUUAARAUACUUGUUUUUGAUUGAAAAAAAAAAAGAAAACCGUAUUGUGCGCAAAUUAGAAAAAAGAGCUGAACGCUUAGAGCGAUAUGAAAAUGAACCAAAAAAUAAUCACAUUGAGUACGGAUUAUUGAGAAAUAGUAUGUUUCAUAGAAUUUAUGAAAAGCAAAUGAAUUCUCUUUAUAAUUACCGUUUAUGUGAAGCUAUGUUGUAUGGACAAGACAUAUUAAUUGAUUGUAGUUAUGAUGGGCACAUGUCUCUGAAGGAACAAACAAAUUGUGCUAAACAAUUACUGUUAAUGUGGUCCUACAAUCGUACCCAUAAAGAUCCUUUUAAUAUUAUAUUUUGUAAUGUUGAUAGAGAAGGUACAGUAUUCAAAUGUUUAUCUAAAACAAUACCAACUAUUGAUGACCCUACGUUCCCUUUAAAUUAUACCAAAAAAAGUUACUUAGAUCUUUAUCCAAGAGAGAAGCUUGUGUAUUUGACUCCUCAUUGUAAUGAAGAACUUAAAGAAUACAAUCAUGAUGAUGUAUAUAUAAUUGGUGCAAUGGUUGAUAAGAUGAAAGUUGAGCCUUUAUCAUUAGCUAAGGGGAAACGAGAUAAAAUAAGAAUGGCCAAAUUASCACUUGAUUUAUAUUUAGAUUGGAAACAAGGAACCAAAAAUUUAACUAUUAAUCAAAUGAUUAUGAUUAUGGCAGACUUAAAAAUUGACAAUAAUUGGGUGAAUGCUUUAAAACAUAUACCAAGAAGAAAACUUUUAGAUGUUAAUGCUUACCAAAGAGGACUUAUUGGAAGUGACCACAAAAUAUCAGCAAAGCGAAUUAGAGAAGAUUUUAGAAGAAAUUCUGUGUAUAAUUUAUUAAUUAAAAAGUAGUUGUAAGUUAUAAAAUAAUCUAAUUAAUAUGAAAUAGAUGAAUUUAA